AUGGAAGAAUCCGCAGAAUCAGACUACGAAAGUACAGCAUACAGCUGGAUCUUUACCGGCAGGAGUCCUUACCCUACCAACGCCGGCGGUUAUAAAAUCCUCGAUCAACUCAGCAAUGGCACCACCGCCGUCGUCUACAGAGCUGAUUGCCUUCGCACAAAAACGAUUGUGGCAAUCAAGAUCAUCGAUCUUAACAUCACAGAGAAGAAGUUCAACAUCAACGAUGUUCUAGCAGCGCAUAGAAUGCUUCCUACACAUCCCUCCAUCCUCAAACCCCACUGCCACUUCAUCGACGAUAAUAACAAGCUUUGGGUUGUUAUGCCCUACAUCUCCGGCGGAUCGUUAAUGUCGAUAAUUACGUCGACGUCCACCGGAAGCCUGAGUCCGGCUAUCGUCGCGACGAUAAUUCCCAGAGUUCUUGAUGCACUCGAUAUUAUGCAUACCUUCAGAAUACCACAUAUGGGCGUCAAGCCUGGGAACAUUCUUGUAGAAAAAAAUGGGAAGGUUUUGCUCUCCGAUUACGCAGUUUCGACAUGGAAUUACGAAAAGGAAUUGCUGUGUGAUGUUUCCAGUACUUUGUCUUCUUCUUCUCCGGUGAUAGCUCUGCCGUAUUGGAUGCCGCCGGAGGCUGUCGAUGCCUCAUUUUGGGUUGGAAUAAAAGCUGAUAUCUUUUCUUUAGGUAUAGUUGCCCUGGAAUUACUUGCCGGCCGGCCUCCGAUCUCCGUCUUCCCGGAAUCUAAAUACAUGCUUCAAAAGAUUAAAAAGAGGUUCGAUUUCUCCGAUAAAUGGGAGAAGGAAAGAGAGGCGAGGAAGAAGAAGAAGAGGUGCCCUAGUAAACUGAAGGAAGUGAUCAAUUUGUGCCUCCGACGGGAUCCAGCCAAGAGGCUGAGUUUCAUAAAACUGUUAAGCGAACCAUGUUUUUUCAUCAACACCAUGAAUUUGGAGGAGAAUUUAAUGGCGGGUUUGCAGGAUGUUAGGGAAAGGUUUAAGCCAGCGGCGGCGAUGGAGAUCCCGGAGGCUGAAAAUGUAUCUUCUGCAAGUUCGAUUCAGAGACCGAUUGUGGGGUGGAAAUACAACAAGGAGAGGAUGGAAUUCGACCCUAUUUUUUUUGCAGAGAAUGCGGUAAUGGCGGACAGCAAGUUUUCGAGAAAUGUGAGUUUGGGAGACGUGAUGACUUGCCAUGAUAUUGAAAAGAAGUUGCAGACUAUGAGUGUUGUCAAGAAGUUGCUGGAAAAACAGAUUGCAAAAUUGACUAGCACAAUGGACAACAUUCGAAUUAGGCGUGAGAACGAAGAGACUGCCGCCGCUGAACUUCCGCCGGCGCCGGCGCCGGAAAAAGGUGAAUGA